CCAUAAAUUCCUUUGGACAUCUUAGAAUAACAAAAGCUUGAAACCCAUCAAACAGAGCAAAAUUUCUUCUUCAAAAAAAUCAGCAUGUGUCAAGUAUCAAAUAAGCAGUAAACCAGUUGUCAAGAGGGGAAGUAACUACAGUAAAAAAAAACACUCUCUUUUUAUUAUACUUGAGGGAUAUAAGAAAAAAUUGCUGUUUGACCAAAAAAAAAUUAGAGAACAUAGGACAAGUUUGUGGAUCCGAGUAAAGUACCCAGUAACUUUGCCACACAACAUGAAUGCCUGACAUCUUCAUUUUAUUAUUGUUCAGGGUGUACCUGGUUGACCUCAAUCUUCAAGUCUCCAACAUUCGCUGAAAAUUUGAGUAAGAAAGGUUCAUCAAGACUCAACAAACAGAUGUCUGAACUGUCAGCGCUAUCGGGUGAAACCCAGCCAUUUCUUCUUUCUUGGCAGCAAAGAGAACCUCCAAGCGAAAGGCAAAUCACUCAAAACAGAUGGAAAACAUAAGCAACAACAUCUGCACUCACCAGUCAGAUUCCAUCGCAGCUACAUCCCAGAGUCAACUACCCUCUGCUUCAAGUCAAGAUUCAGACCCACUGACAAUCUCCAGCCUUCCACACGACCUCAUCUCUGAGAUCCUCUUAAGGCUGCCAAUGAAUUCCCUCAUGAAAUUCAAGUGCGUUUCAAAAUCAUGGCUUUCCUUAAUUAAAAGCCAGCGCUUCAUCAAAGCCCAUCUCAACUUCAUCAAUUCCUCAACAAACAGCCAAAGGGUGCUCAUUUUGAGGUGUGUUGACUGGAAUUAUUAUCUCAAACAUUGUUCUCUUAGCUCAUUAUUAUAUGCACCAGCUACUGAUACAGUUGACAUUGAUUAUCCCCCAUUUGAAGCACCCUUUAAUUUUGUUUCAGUUGUGGGGUGCUGUGAUGGAUUAAUUUGUAUUUCCGUUAGGGCAAGUAACAUAAUUUUGUGGAACCCAUCUACUCGAAAAUCCAAGAAAGUACCAGAUUUAGGCAUUAGGCUUGAAGAGGAUGAACGUUAUACAUCAUGGGACUUUGAGUAUUAUAUAUCAUGGGGUUUUGGAUAUGACGAGAUUAAUGAUGAUUACAAAGUGGCAGCGGUGGUGUGCGUUGUUGAUGACCAUGGUGAGCCCUCUGGGUCUGAGGUUAAGGUCUAUAGCACAAAGAGUGAAACUUGGAGGAGUAUAGGGGAUUUUCAAGGUGGUUAUCCUUUGGAGGAAUACGGUAGGUUUGUGAAUGGGAAGCUUCAUUGGUCACUGGAUAGAGAAGAUUGUGGAUAUAUUGGUUCUCUUGAUUUAGCAACAGGUAUGUAUGGACAGAUAAAGAAACCUAAAUGUGAUGAAGAUUCUGAGUCUGAGCUUGAGUCAACCUUGUAUGUUUUCCAAGGGUGCCUCUGUUUACUUUGUGAUGAGAAUGAUGAUCAUACGGAUGUUUGGAUUAUGAAGGAAUAUGGGGUUACAGAAUCGUGGACUAAGGUGUUCACUAUCCUGAUUAAUAAACCGAGCAGGAGUUCAGUUUUUACACCAUUGUGCCGAUCAGAGAAGGGUGAAGUUUUACUGUUACUUGGAUCCAAAUUGGUACUCUACAAUCCAGAGAAUGCUACAUGUGUUGAUAUUUCAUUUCGAGAUCAAGAGAUAAGAGCUUAUUAUGCAUUUGUUUACACAGAAAGCCUAGUUUCGCCUUGCUACGCAAAAUCACAUACACCAGAUAAGGUGCAUAUCGAACGCUCAAAUUCUCUGAACAAGCAUGAAAUAAAGAAUCAGUAUCCAUACAAGAAAGCAUAUAACAUCCAAUACUCACCAAGAGCUCGAGCAAUCCUCAUCUGGCCUGCUGCUAUUGAUUGCCUUCGACUUCUUCAAGGUAAGAUGAAUAACGAAGAAAACCUUGAAGAUCAAACUUCAAACGCUACCACGGACAGCCAGAUUGCUAGAUCACAAGAUUCAGACCAAUCCAUCCUCCCAAACCUCCCCUUUGAACUCAUCACUGAGAUCCUCCUAAGGCUACCAGUCAAGUCUCUCCUGAAAUUCAGGUGUGUUUCGAAAUCUUGGCUUUCUUUGACCUUUAGCUCACGAUUCAUCAAAGCCCACCUCAAGUUGUCUGAUGAUGAUAAGGAAUACACUCAUCACAAGGUCAUUUUACUUGAUUUAUCACAUACUAUUGUCAAGUCUUGUUCUCUUCAAUCUUUUCUUGAUACACCACCGGCUGAUCUUGCAACUAAUGUUUCACUCCCAGAGGAAUUAGUCAAGCAUUCAUUUUGUAUGGUGGGCUCUUGUGAUGGAUUGAUUUGCCUUGAGGUUAGGUAUGAUUUGUACUUGUGGAACCCUUGUACAAGAAAGUGCAAGAAAUUGCCUGGGCCUACUUUUGAAAGGAGACCUGGAUGGUUUUAUUGUGUCUACGGGUUUGGAUAUGACAAGUCUAGUGAUGAUUAUAAAGUAGUAGCCAUCUUAGCAGAGAGAUCAAAACUGGAUGGUGUAUACCGUGUCACGCAAGUGAGGAUUUACAGUAUAAGCACUGAUUCCUGGAGGAGUAUCGAAAAUUUUAGGGAAGGAGUAGAAUUGGACAAACCAGGAAAGCUUUUUAAUGGGAAGCUGCACUGGGCGAUACGUCUUUGUGUUGUUUCAAUUAAUUUAGAAAAUGAGAUGUGUGAGGAGUUUGAGCUGCCUUAUUACGGAGAACAUGGAAUUGAUCUAGCAUUAGGGGAAUUCGAAGGAAAAUUUGCUGUGCUCUGUCAUCAUUACCCUACUGUUGAUGUGUGGGUUAUGAAGGAGUAUGGAGUUAAAGAGUCUUGGACCAAGAUCUUUAAUGUCGAAGAUGGAGAUAAUCUUUGGCAUAAUUUUUAUUCCCCACCACUAUUUUUUCAAAAGAAAAAUGGUGAAGUUGUUGUCUUACAUGGAUCGAUUCUGAUGGUAUAUGCUGACAAUAACCCUCAACUUAAAAGAUUCGAUGGAUAUGCUGAAGCAAAUAUCUAUGUUGAAAGCUUGGUUCAACCGUGGCUUAUAAGAGGAUAUAGCAGUGACAGUGGUCAAAGAGGCUAAUUGAACUAUUGAAGUAACUGCUUUAAGCAAUCUUAAUAUGCAAGUAAUCACUGUAAGGAUCAUUCCCACAGAACUACUUGUUUGUUCAACUCCAUAAAUUCAUCUUAGCAAUCUGAUAGAUAAUGCUUCUUGUCCUGAUCAGCUUCUUCUUCUGGUAGUUUUUGGUUGACUUGGCAAGUACAUCCUAUCUUGUUGCAAAUUUCUUUCUUGGUUGUCUUAUGUUUACAGGCUAAUUUGAGCUAUAAUUUGGGGCAUUCAUCGCAACGCAUAGAUCCGACUUGAUGCUCCUCUGUUGCUUGUGUUGUUACUCCCUGAUGUAAUACGCUACAUCGGAGUUAAGAAUAAAGUUGCUAGUGGUUAACAAUCAGGUCAACAAUGUCCCAAGAAGAUGGUUAAAGUUCACCUCUGAUGCACCUGUGCUGCUGUCUCACACAUGGUCUUUUGGGGUAUGCUGAAUGCAGCAUGUCCAACUCAAUCUGCACCUUGUACCUGAUGAUUUCUGUUGGUCACUUGGAGAAGGUGAUCAGAGUUUUAUUGUAUUGAGUUAGAUAAUUUUGCAAUGCAGAAGAAAAUGAAAUCCCACUUGAGUCAUUGUUUCAGUCCCUCAAAGUCUCAACUCUAUGAUCUUGUAGCUUGAUAAUCUGCUGGUCCAUGUGAAGUUCCUAAUACAGAACCCAUAAUAAUGCUUCCAAAUUGUUGCUGCAGAUUCUUGUGGAGAUUCCUGUCUCCAGCUUAAACAUUUGUAGUACAUUAUGGUAUCGAAACCAUUGGGAAUCAAAGAUUUUAGUUUGAAGAUUGGUAAUUGAC